GUCGAUCAGUGCUGCGUUCGGUAGGUAAAAUCCAGUUUCGACCUCCCCUGGAUCCACUGGCCAGUAAUCAUAGCAGUACUCGCAGUAGCUUCAGUCGUGUUCGAGCUUCAGGAUCAGUCGCGUGGGAAUCUGAGGCCGCGGGAAACGUGUGGACAGUGUUGAGUGCGCGUGCGUCCAUCUCUCUCUUUUCACUUUCGGCUUCCCUUCUCUUGUGGGCAUCCGAAACGCCGAUUUCGUCAGUAAAACAAAGCGUGAACACAUUAGCAAUGGCAGAAAAGAAACGCGUCUGCAUCAUCGGCUCUGGCAACUGGGGAUCUGCGAUUGCUAAAAUUGUCGGCAAAAAUGCCAGGGAACUUCCUCAGUUCGAAGAACGGGUCACGAUGUACGUUUACGAGGAGUUCCUAGACGGUAAAAAACUUACCGAAAUCAUCAACGAGACUCACGAGAACGUCAAGUAUCUACCGGGGCACAAGAUUCCCGAGAAUGUGAUCGCUGUACCGGAUGUCCUGGACGCUGCCCGUGACGCGGAUAUCCUGAUAUUCGUCGUGCCCCACCAGUUUAUCCACAGGAUAUGCAGCUCCCUUCUUGGAAAGAUAAAAUCCACCGCUGUUGGCCUGUCGUUGAUAAAGGGAUUUGACAAACGUGAAGGUGGCGGCAUCGAGCUUAUUUCCCACAUAAUAGCUAAGGAGCUGAAAAUACCGGUUUCCGUUUUGAUGGGAGCAAAUCUUGCCUCGGAAGUCGCCGAUGAGAAAUUUUGCGAAACCACAAUUGGUUGCAAGGAUAAACUUGUUGCGCCAUUCCUCAGGGACAUUAUCCAGACCAGCUACUUCAGGGUUGUGGUCGUUGACGAUGCAGAUGCUGUAGAAUGCUGCGGUGCGCUCAAGAACAUUGUUGCCUGUGGCGCUGGUUUCGUCGAUGGUUUGGGACUCGGGGAUAACACAAAGGCGGCGGUGAUCAGACUUGGACUGAUGGAAAUGAUCACGUUCGUGAACGUAUUCUUUCCCGGUGGACAGUUGUCAACUUUCUUUGAAAGUUGCGGAGUCGCCGAUCUGAUAACUACCUGCUACGGAGGUCGAAACAGGAAAGUUUCCGAAGCUUUUGUCAGGACUGGAAAGAGCAUCGCUGAACUCGAAACGGAGAUGCUAAACGGCCAGAAAUUGCAAGGACCUUUUACCGCUGAAGAAGUCAAUUAUAUGCUCAAGCUGAAGGACAUGGAGGGAAAGUUCCCACUCUUCACAGCCAUUCAUCGAAUCUGCGUGGGCGAGCUAAAGCCCAGCGAUCUCAUCGACUGCAUUCGCAGUCAUCCGGAGCACAUGUAAGCCGAACGAAAUAUUAGAGUCGACAGUAAUGUCAGCCACGCCACAAGUUGAACCAAAUUGUGUCCUGAUUCUUCUGCUUUUAUCCUUGCUUCCUUUCUGACCAUUUUUUUCCCACUCAAACAAACGAGACGUGGGGCUUUUAAUUAUUGUUGUUGCGUUGAAUUUCUCAACGAAAUUCUACGAUGACAAAAAGAGAAUAAAUAGGUAAUGCCAGAGUUCUUCUGGAUAUUUUUGGGUUUGUAGAAAAUAAUAUGCGUGCCCAUUUUAUUUCGUCUGCGUGGAAGAAACUGAGAGGUUGAAAAAUUUCUUCAUUCACGACUCUGACGUUUUGACAUAUUUUAACGUGAUGUAGUAAUAUUAUUAUAUACAUAUACCUAUAUGAAAGAAGUUUAGCGUGGAUAUAUCAUCGUAGAAUAGAUGAAAUUCUGACGAUAGAGACGAAUAGCUUUCCAUCAUUGUCGAUUCAAAAUUGUUAACCGCGUCGUCAGGCGUAAACGAACUCUUUUAAAAUUAUAAAAUCCCUCUUUCUUCUCUUUACACAAUUCAAUUCAAUUUAUUUUUCAAUCUUGACUGAUUUUCCCCUUUUUUAUUUCAAAUAUUCGUGGUAACAGAAUAAUUCUUCAAUUGAGUAACGCUCAAAUUUCCCUGUAGACACGAAACCUCAACCACUUGUUAAAUAUAGGCAACUGUGAUUUCCCUCGCACGUGUUUACUCCUUUGAUUAAUAUCGUGUUUUAUUGACGAGUAUAAUGCUAAUUCACCGCCUUAACACUCCAAAGCUCUACUAUGCUGUAGUAUGACAAUUACUUAUCGUUUUCUACCAGUUACAUGUAAAAUAUUUUAUAUAUAUUAAAUAUUAAUAACACGAUGUGUAAUUAGACACCAAAAAACAGCUGCGUUUCAGUUCCAACAUUACGUUUAUAAUGAAAACAAAAUUAUUGGGAUGAAUCGCGUAAAGUAAAGAGUCGAUAAAGUAAUGCUUGCAAUCAGCAAUGAUAUUUCGUUAACUAUAACAAUUUUUAACCCCCCCCCCCCCCCCCCCCGCC